AAUUCAAUUCAUGAGGACUAUCAUACUUAUAGCUACUUCGCAAUACUUUUAUUUGCAUCUGGUGAAGUGUAUUAUGCUCUUGAUACAAUCUCUAUCGAGUUGUAUAGUUGGUUAGGAAUGGAUUCAGUUGUUCCAAUUUUUCUAGCAGGCUCGAAGGCAGCGUUUGGACUUGAAUUUA